UUAAUUUUUUAAUAGAUUUAGUUUACUUCAGCAAUUAAAAUUACUUUAAAGCACAACGUUUAUACAUUAAGCUUCACCUCUAGGUUUGCGAACUUAUCUGUUUACAUUCAAAGCACCUGAAAAUGUGAUGACAGUAUCAGUCUUCAAACCUGCUCAACAGGUUUUUCAGUUUCUGUUCCUGUUUUAUGACCUCUCUGGCACAUCUCAUCUCUCUGUCUGUGUUACUCUGUUCUCACUCAUGCUUCCCAGAAACAAGUUUAUCAGUAGGGUGUUGCAUGUCAUAGACCAAACAAAGUUGAAACACAGGAGUGGCUGAUGUGAAACCACCUACCGUUUUGAUCAAUGUUCUUAUCUGCAUUUAGAAUAUAGGCUACUCGAGACAUGUUUAAGGAUUUAGUUAGAGAAGUUCAAAAGGCUAUUUUGAAGACUGGCUAUUAAGGUUUUGGUUUAAGUUCUCGGAUUUAGGAUGAAAAAAGUCCUGUUUGAUCACAUCAGAUAUCUGAUUUCUUCUGCAUUUAGAUUUUGUCUCAACUAUUGAUACAUUCUCAGGAUAACAAAGCUAUCCAACUACAUGUCGCACAUCUUUAAAAGUACACAACGUUAUGAAAGGUCUAGCAAAAAGGAAAAAAAUCUAUCCAACAAUUCUGAGUCAGUACUUUUAAUAGAUGCUAGAUAAUGAAACACAACAUAGCCACAACAUGUCUCAGUCGAAUACACAUUAGCAUAUUUGUUGAAAAUAAAGACAAUCAGGUUUGUCAAGUUUAAGAGGAAAUGUUAAAAAAUACAGCUAACUGUUGCUGGAAAAGCAAAUUAUAUCAUACGGGGACAAAACAAAGCUUUGGACUAUGAUGUCUUUUGAGAUGAGCAUAACUUUUAAAGCAAAGUCCAACAUUUUAAUAUCGUAAGAUUUUAUUUUAUACAUUUUUUUUCCGAUAACAACAAUUGACAUGGUUAAAAUUUUACUGCUUGUCACAUAUUUUUGAAGUCAUUCCCACAACAUUAAUGUCUCUAAAUCAAGCUACCAAGACUUUCCUGUGGUAUGACAGUUAGUUUUGUAAUGAAUGAAACUGGUUUCUGUGUCAUGCAUGAUAAACAGUGACGACAAUUGUUUUUAGAGAUAGCUGAUGAAAAAUGCAGUGCAGUUUUCUUGGCAUGUACCAAAAGCACUGCUGUUACUCAAGAUUAUUCUUUCAAGCCAGUAGGCUGGCAUUACAUGCAUUGCAGGACUUUUUUAUACUUAGAUCUCUGAACGGAACAGAAAGGACAGACUGGGUUUUGUCUGCAUUUGACAAAAGGAGACAAAACAAGACAAGACCACUUUUUUCUUUACGCCAUGAAAGCAAAGCUGGAAAUUUUGGCUCUGGUCCUGGGAUUUAUAGGCUUGUUUGGGACAAUCACAGUUACUGCACUGCCCACAUGGAAGGUAUCUGCCUUCAUUGGAGCCAACCUCAUUGUCAUGGAGGAACUUUGGGAAGGCCUGUGGAUGACCUGCUACAGACAGAUGAACCUCCGUAUGCAGUGCAAGGUCUACGACUCACUGCUGAUUCUACCUGCAGAGCUGCAAGCAGCCAGGGGCCUCAUGUGUGUUUCCAUAGCCCUGGCUGUCAUCUCUCUGGUUGUCACAGGUUUUGGGAUCAAGAGGACCAACUUGUGUGGUGACAACACGAGAAACAAAAACAUUACUCUAGCUAUCGGGGGAAGUUUGUAUCUGAUAUCCUUUUUGACCACACUUAUCCCCAUUAGUUGGGUGGGUCAUUCUAUUAUCAGACAGUUCUACAAUGCCGCAACCCAUGAUGCUCAGAAACGUGAGCUUGGACAGGCCCUCUAUAUCGGCUGGGCAACUUCUGCUGUUCUGCUGGUCACUGGAAUCAUCCUCUUGGUCAGAUAUGAUAAACGAAGAUCAGACGAAGAACAGGUCUACAAUGGAAUCUAUCUCAUGGAAGGGAAGAACGUUCCAAACCAGGACACUAUCUACCAGCCGAAAACAGAAUCCAACAUGUUCAAGCAAGAAUAUGUUUAAAUAACCAUAUGUACUGUUCUGUGUUAUUAGUAUUUGUCUUUGAAAAUGUAAAGAUGCUUCCUGAAAAAUAUAAUAUCACAAAACCUGUUGUACUAAUGCCUGUAUUAUUUAUACUGUGAAUUAAUAAUUUCUCUAUUGUUUAUUAAGUUUUAACAUUUUAAAUUAAAUCAAAACAAUUGUUUGUGAUUUUUGUAUGCACAAAAGUAUUUUGAUAUCAGUAUGUAAUACAUUUGCUAUUCUUUUUGGUUUUAAUUAAAAUUAUAUUUUUUUGCUCAAUUAUUUUUUUUAACUUUUCUAACCUCUAAUCUUUCUUGCCAAUUAUUCACAUCAACCAAAUCAAUUUAUUGCAUUUAUUAAUAAAAUGGUUGGUUUGUACAAAAGGCUGCUUCAGUAUUUUUAUUUCCAUAC